GCCACCGCCCCCUGCCCGCCCCGGGGUGGUGCAGCUGCUGCUGGGGCGCACUGGGUAACGGCUGCGGGACGUGACGGGUCUAGAAUGGGACGGACACUGGUGGAGCUCUUCUACGAUGUGGUGUCCCCGUACUCCUGGCUGGGGUUUGAGGUGCUGUGCCGGUACCAGCACAUCUGGAAUAUUGAUCUACGCUUUCGUCCAGCUUUCCUUGGUGGCAUAAUGCAAGCAACUGGUAACAAGCCCCCAGCAAUGUUGCCAAAGCGUGCAGAAUACAUGCUGAAGGAUGUAAAAAGGAUGGCAAAAUACUACCAAGUGCCUGUACAAAUUUCAGAAGAUGACUUCCCACGUAUCCUUAGUACAAGCAGUCUUGGGGCCAUGCGCUUUAUCACAGCCAUUGAUAUGACACAACCACGAUACUUGGAACCCUUAUCUAGGGAGUUCUGGAUACGUUUUUGGUCACAGCAUGAAGAUAUCAGUCAGCCGGAGAAUAUAUUGGCUGUUGCUGGACAGGCUGGGCUAUCGUCAGAGCUCGCCCAGAAGCUACUUGAAAUGAUUUCAUCCCCUGCAGUGAAGAAUCGACUGAAAGAGACAACAGAGGAAGCAAUAAAAUACGGGGCAUUUGGGAUGCCUGCUGUUGUGGCACACUGUAAUGGGGAACCUCAUCUCUUUUUUGGCUCUGAUCGUUUAGAGCUGCUAGGCAGCAUUAUAGGUGAAAAAUGGCUGGGACCAGUUCCAUCAGUUCCAAGCCCCAAGAUGUGAAAAGUCCUGGAGAAAUAUAUGAGAGUGAAAAUAUGCAUGUAUGUGCUCAGUCCUCAGUGAUUAUCUGAAUGUAUCCAAUUUUAUGGAGAGAUGGCUUUCUCAUCCCUAACAGCUAACUUUACAGCUCAGUCUCAUCUGUAAUUAUGAAGAAGUUCAAGGUUUGUCAGUAUUAUCAGUCUGGUGAGGUCUUUACCAAUACAAAUGUGCUUUUUUUUCUUUCAACAAAUUAAUGAUUAACAUUAAAGAUUAAACAUUAAAUAUUUAACUCCUUGCAAAUUAAACAUUCUUAUUUCCUGA